AUGUGGAACGAAGACUUGAAGGGUUUCUUCCCGUCCGUCCCCCAAGAAAGAUUGCUUGAAGAUGUGGAGUUGCUGCUUCGCCUUUUUCUGGAUAGUCGCCCCGGUCUGCUUCCAGAGUCGGCCGUCUUCACCGCGUUCCCGAGGGAGCCAAAGAGAGCAGUUGUGUGCGGGAAGGUCCGCGAGGCAUCGGGCGUGCACGUCCCGCCGAGAGUGAUCGUCCCCGUCCUCCAGCACGCCGCGCAGGCUUCGGUCUUCGAGUGCGCCGGGGCCGUAGUGCGUCAAAUUCGCGGGGCGUUCAUUGGAUCACCAUUGUCCCCGCCCUGGUGCACGGUCUCGGUCAUGAUGCGGGAGCGCUCUUGGAUGGAUUCUGCCGCUGCGUCGAUCGCCCUCGCUGCGUGGACUUGGACGGGCGCGAGGUAUGUUGACAACAGGGUGGUUCUGGGCCUCCAGAGGAAAAUCGGCGGCGCCACCCUGGUGCCAUCGUCGCUUCUUGACCCGGGCUUCUACGUAGACCCCGUCGUGUUGGAGCCAGAGCCUGACAAUUCUUUUGUCGGUGUGAAAGUUCUCACAGACGGCCUGAGGGUUGAGGCGCAAUACGCGGUAUAUGGCUUUCCCGACAUCGUCGUCGAGGCCGGCUCGCUGCGGUUCCCGAUGCACCACAAAUGGCGUUAUAGGAGCGGGGCGUCUGGGGGGAGCGCAGCAGUGAAGGUCGCCGGACUUCUUGGGAGGAUGCACCAAGCCAUUCGUUUAAGCUACCCGAUUCGCCGCGCCAGGCGGGCCGUAGUGCAGUUGGCCGUCGUCUAUCUCGCAUUAGGACACGAUCACAAAGACUUGGUUGGAGCCAUGCAAACAGUCGGGAAACGGUACCCUCAUGUGGUAGGCACCCUCGCUCGGGAACUGGCCGCGGCGGCCGCGGACAGUGCGGCCCUUUUGCGACUGGAGGCGAAACAGUGA